UCUUUUAAACAUCUGUAUCUUCGUCGUUCUAUAUAAAUAUAUAUGAGUGUUCAAUGGUCCCAAAUUAAACUAAUGAAACAAAGCAAGAAUGGAUGAUUACAGACAACUGCAACCGGCCUAUUCAUCAAGACGGCUAUAGUACAUGUGGUUUGUUUUUUUUUUUUUUUUUUUAUGAAAUUAAAAGUCUAGCAGGAUUGUUGCUUUUGAUGUUAUUAUUGUUGUUGAUUAUAUAUGAUGUUAGUUGUAUUGUGAUCAAGUCCUAGCUACCUAGUACACAAAUUAGGCCUAUUGAUCAAGAAUUGGGUAGUAAGAGAUUUGGAUUUCCUGUGUGCUUCCUUUUCAACUACAGCCUAUGGAUGCAGACAAGAAGUUAAUUGGUGCAUCGACUCUGAGUUCUGAGUUCUUGUAAAGUUUGUGACUUUUCAAUUGUGGGACCCACCACCCACUCAAACAUAUGGUUUAGAGACUUUUUUUUUUUUUUUUUUAUGCUCAUUCUCUCUCCCCGCUGAAUCCUCUCUCCCGGCCAGUGCUCUAUCUCUCUGCCUUUUUUUUUUUUUUUUUUUUUUUCUUUGCAACUUAAAUCUUUGAUUAAUUCAUCAUCUCUUGGUAGAUUUGGGUGUCGUUUGAGGCAAAACGAAGCUUGUGUCGAGCUCUACGCAUCCAUACCAACAAUUUCAGAUUUGGUGCACCCUUUGAACUUCGAAAUUUAGGACCCAUUUAUAGGGUUUUGCCUAUUUUGAGGUCUUGGAAAAGAACCGGUGAACGACAGCCCACCUCAAGCUUGAGCGAUACUAGAAGCUCACUUUUGUGUCUUUUGUAUAUUUCCCAUUAAUUUUGCAAAGCACUAAAAGUAUAAAGGCCGGUCCAUAUAAUAUCUACCAAUCAUCCAGAUAUUGGAACAGUGUUCCCUACAAUGCAAGUCAUAGUUGGUUGGUUGACAAUUAUGAAGAAGAAAUGAAGUGCUGAGAAGGGAAGCUAGCUAGCAGACAAGUAUGGCCUUUGCUGCAGUAGAACUUUUGAUCUGCAAGAUAGUUUCCGUCAUUGAGAACGAAGCAUCGUUGAUUGAAGGAGUUCAUGAUGAACUCAACGACCUGAAGAAUGAGUUACGAUGGAUGAGUUCCUUUCUGCAGGAUACUAAUAAAAAGAGAGGUAUGACAGAAGUAGAGAAAUCCUGGGCGGAAGAUGUGAGAGGCAUGACCUACAGAGUUGAAAACGUCAUAGAUGAGCAUAUGUAUCACUUGAACCAGCAACAAGGUAGGGGUAAAUUAAAAAGAAUCUUCGAUGAUAUUAUUGGCAUUCCAAAGAAUCUCGGGGUGAAGCGCCAAAUAGCCACUGAGUUACAGAAUAUCAAGAGAAUGAUGAAGGAGAUUCCCGAAAGAAGACAACGUUACAGUGUUGUCGAUCAUACGGAAGGAACAAGCUCACAUGUCGAUCAGAAAUGGAUGCAAAACCAGACUGAAUCUGCUCUCUUCUUUAAGGCUGAGGAUCUAGUCGGGAUUGAAGCUAAUAGACGACAAUUGGUUAGAUGGUUGACGGAUGACGAACCAAAACGCAAGGUCAUUUCAGUGGUGGGAAUGGGUGGUUCAGGCAAGUCCACCCUUGUUGCCAACGCCUACAACCAUAUCAAUGUCAAGCGACGUUUUCAUUGCUAUGCUUGGAUCACCGUCUCACAAACUUACGACACCGAGGACUUACUUAGGCGCAUGGUUGAGGAGUUCUAUCGCGCAUCAAAAGAAGCAGUUCCAGUUGACUUGAGCACCAUGAGAUACAAACGGCUGGUCGAGAUUCUUUUGGACUACUUACGGCCAAGAAGUUAUGUAGUCGUCCUGGAUGAUGUAUGGAGUCAUAACCUCUGGCAGGACAUAAAAUGUGCACUUCCAGAUGAUGGACGUGGAAGUCGUGUCUUGCUUACAACUCGAAAAACAGACAUAGCUUCAUCUUCUUUUGAAGUUGAAAGCCAUGUCCACAAUCUUAAACCUCUGGGAGAUUCUGAUGCAUGGGACCUCUUUUGCAUGAAAGCUUUCUCAACCAAUCCCAACAAGAGUUGUCCUCAAGGACUCGACAACUUAGCUCGUGACCUUGUUGCAAAAUGUGAAGGUUUACCUCUGGCAAUUGUUACCCUGGGUGGUGUAAUGUCUUCUAAGAAGUCAGAAUGGGAGUGGAGACAAGCUUGUGAUGGCUUAAACAACUGGGCGUUGAGCAACGACACCCAGUUAGGACGAAUGAAAAGCAUCUUGCUGACAAGCUUCAAUGAUUUGUCUUAUCGACUCAAGUGUUGCUUCUUAUAUUGUAGUCUUUUUCCCGAAGAUCAUCUAAUUUCCCGAAAGAGGCUCAUUCGACUUUGGAUGGCAGAAGGGUUUGUAGAAAAGGUUAAGAAGACAACACCCGAAGAGGUAGCAGAGAGUUAUCUAAUGGCACUCACUAAUAGAAGCAUGCUUCAAGUGCUUGUGAAGAGGAACCCAACAGGAAGGCCAAAAGCAUUUAAGAUGCAUGAUCUUAUGCGGGAUCUUGCUCUAUUGAUUUCAGAAAAAGAGAAGUUUUGCACUUUCUAUGAUGGGAGUACUGAAGGCAGUGAUGAAGAGAAUGGAGCACGUCGCUUGUCAAUCCUAUCAAGCGACAGCAGACUACUCAAAUCAUCAAAUAGUAUGUCUCAUGUUCGCUCUCUUUUUGUUUUUGUCGUUAAUAAAAUUUCUCCAUCUUUGAGUACAUUGCCUUCUGGGUUAAGACUAUUAAAAGUCCUAGAUUUGGAAGAUGCACCGAUUGUGAAAUUGCCAGAUGAACUAGUUCAUCUUUUCAAUUUGAGAUAUUUGAACUUGAAAAGAACCAAGGUGAAGGAGCUUCCAAAGUCCAUUGGAAGACUCCACAAUCUUCAAACUUUAGACAUUAGCCAAACAAACAUAGAAGUGCUUCCAACUGGGAUUACUAAGUUACAAAAUUUGCGGCAUCUACUUAUGUACCGCGUCAAUCUAGAAGACAUUCUCGGUUUUGAUCUUGUUCUUGGCACAAAAGUACCCUCAAAUAUUUGUGAUCUAAAGAACUUGCAAGUGUUGACUUUUGUAGAAGCAAAAGAAGGUUUUUUGAAACAGACAAGGAAAAUGACCCAAAUCACAAGGAUUGGCAUCACGAAGGUGAGAGAAGCAAAUGAGGAAGAUUUGUGUAUCUCAAUCCAAAAUAUGAAACUACUUCGCCAUUUAUGUGUGAUGGUAACUGAUGAAGAGGAACACCUUGGAAUAGAUGCACUUUCCUCAGCUCCACCCCGUCUUAACAAACUUGACUUAGUCGGAAAACUGGAGAAGGUGCCGCGUUGGUUUCACUCUCUCCAAACCCUCACACGUUUGUGGUUGCAUUGGUCCAGGCUGCGAGACGACCCACUUCCACACAUACAAGCAUUGCCUAAUUUAGAGAACCUCACGCUUGUCAAUGCCUAUACAGGGAAACAUUUAUGCUUCAAUACAGGGUUCCAAAAGCUAAAAAUUUUAUUUUUGAGAAAUCUCCCUCAAUUGAAUGAGAUAACAAUUGUGAAGGGAGUGAUGCCAGGUCUCCAAUUGUUGACUCUACACGCAUGUGAGGGGUUGAAGAUGUUGCCUUGUGGUAUCCAAUAUCUCAUACAUCUCCAACAAUUGGAUUUGAUGUAUAAUUCAAGUGAGCUCAUAGAACGAAUACGCGGAGAAGAGAGCGUGGAUCGCCCAAAGGUUGGACACAUCCCCCAGAUUAGACAUUUCUACCAGUUACCACACGGGAAGUUUUAUGAAAUUUGUCCUGAUUCGAUCUACCACAAGAAGGUUGGUAUUCCCAUAUGAAGUGAAGGUCCUAGACAGUUCACCGUCGGAGACUGUUACAGGCAACUGCAACCAGCAUAUUGAUCAAGACGGCUACAUAUAUAGUACAUGUGAUUUUUUUUAUGAAAUAAAAAAUCUAGCAGGAUUGUUGCUUUUGUUGUUAUUAUUGUUGUUGAUUAUAUAUGAUGCUAGUUGUACUGUGUAUGAAGUCCUGCCUAGUUCACUAAUUAGUUUGUUCUACCAUGGUAGUAUGAGAUUUGGAUUUCCUGUGCUUCCUUUUCAACUACAGCCUAUGGAUGCAGACAAGAAGUUAAUUAGUACAUCUACUGUUAUAAUGGAAUAAAAGGACUACUUGUUUUUGCUAUUGUA